UUUAAAUAUGAGUAAAUGAAACAACUUAUAUCCAUCACUUGCUACUUGAAACUUCAAUGCAACCUAAAAAAUCGAUAAAUUAGGCUUUGUUAGCUGUUUCAUCAUCAAAACAGGACCAUUAAUGCUAAAUUACACAUUGUAUAUAAUGAGUUAAAAUUAAUAACUAAAACAAAACAAUAUAAUUACCGAGAAGUUUGAAAUUCGAAUGUCAUGAACUCGAUAUCGAUUCCUUCACCGGCCGCUAGAGCGCACUCACGUCUAUGGUCUACUAAAUAUGGCGGUGCGAUCAAUGAAGUUGUAGUUAGUGUGUAGUGAAAUCUAGUGUAAAAAUUGCAAUGAUUGAAGUUUGUGUUAUAUUUGUGAGUGGUAAAUACGAUUAAAUGGGCCAUGGGAAAGGGCCAGGAUUUGUUGAACGCGGCGCGAGCUGGCGACAAAUGGACUGUCGAGAAAAUAAUAGGAAUCUUGACCAAAAGGAGUGGUCCAUUUACGAACUUUAGAAAAGGCGGUCUCAAUGUGCAAGAUGACAAUGGCUACACUCCCCUCCACCACGCCUGUUUGAACGGUCAUACAGAAGUAGUCCGCCUCCUCCUAUCGGCGGGUGCUUCGCCGGCCGUCCUCGACAAGACUGGAGCUUCGCCCCUUCACCUGGCCGCGUGGAAGGGAGAUUCGGCCAUUGUCACCAUGUUGUUAGCUCACAACCCACCUGUAAAUAUAGAUUUAUUGACCGCGAACCUCGAAACGCCGCUAAUAAUGGCGGCGCAGUACGGCUCCGUCAACGUCGUGGCCCAGCUGGUGGACCGAGGGGCUGACGUCAAUCUGCGGAACGGGAACAAAGAGUCGGCCCUGGACCUGGCCGCGCAGUUUGGCAGGUUGCCGACAGUGAAACAUUUGUUGGCUACCCAUCGAACGCUGGUGCACCAGUACAAAUACCCCAACUGGAGGGUGCACAAGUUUGACUACCCCACACCCCUCCACAGAGCCGCCAAAAAUGGACACGUGGAGGUAGUCCAGCUCCUGCUAGCGGAAGGCAUAGAUCCCAACAUUCGUUCGAACUCCGGCACACCCCUGCACGAAGCAGCUUGCUUCGGUAAAGACGCAGUAGUGAGAGUACUGCUAGAAGCAGGCGCUGAUCUCAACGCGGCAGACAACAGAGGCAAGACUGUAGAGGAAUUGUUAGCAGAUUACUCGGAGGAAGCGACGAGAAAAGUCAGACGUGCAAUCAGAGACUAUAGGAACUCUACAAGGCACAACUACGAAAGUGAAGAGGAUCAGCGACCAUAUUCAAUGCAAGACUGCAGUCCCACCAGCUACAAGAACCUACCUGUAAUGUGUACUGAUAAUGAAAUGGCGUUUGAGAUGCGACUUAGUAAUGCUGCAGAUGCUUUAACUAACAUAAACAUAAGUGACAAAAUAAGUGUGUCUAAUGCUGAUAUUAAAGCCACCGAAAAUUGGAAUUUAAUACGACAAUCCCUACAAACCAAUAAUCCAAAACAUAUAACUUAUACGAAUACACAACAAUACGUUGAUAAUAACGAGUAUAACACUAAUUAUACGAAGUACAGUGACUCGCAUAGUUACAUUAGUUCAUUUCUAAAUUUAUGGCGAUCUAAAGGUUCUCACGUACAUACAAUUGAACAGAACGAUAUUUAUGAAAAUAUGCCUUCACUUAUAGCAGAGCCUUCAUAUUCAGUUCAUAAUACAUCAGACUUGUUAGCUUGGCGUAAAAAGAAGCCUAAACCUGCACCAAAGCCCAAUUUAAAGAAAAAUAAACUAAAAUCAGAUGAUGAAAUAUACGAAAAUAUUCCAGACGAUGUAAAACUAAUGCGUGAAAAUAUAUACGAAGGUGUAGGGGAAAAACCACGAUUAACAAAUAAUAAAUACGCUAGGAAAUCGUUUUCUGAUAUAUACACAUCUAUGGAUUCAAGAAUAAAAAUAAUAGAACCUAGUAGAAUAUUGAAAUCAGCAAAAACUCGUAAAAGUAUGUCAUUGUCUAGUGGGUCUCUAUACGUUGACAUGAAAUCAACGUUAAAAAAUCCUGAAUCUCAAGGUGUUAUAUCUGGUUGUCAUUUUAGAGGGUCUAUUGGGUGCGUUCACGAGAAUUCUGGUGUUUAUUACUCGAUUUAUGAAUUGAAACCUGAGGCGAUGCGUAACAAUGAAUAUCCAUUCGAGAGAACAAAACAAAAAUUUGACCGACUUCCUUGUUUCUGUCAUCGUAAACGCAAAGAAAUAAAUUCGUGUGAGAUAUUUUAUAGUUGUGAAAACUUUAUUCAAGCAGGUGUAGGAAAUCGUUCAGAUGAAUCGAGUCUUAAAGAACUUAACGAAAAAUCUGAUUUGGAUGGGAUGACGUUUGAGCCAUUUGAGCCAGAAACCUCCAUGAAAUCUAGAAAGUCACAGAGAGUAAAAAAUAUAUUCGUAAAGAAAAUUAAUCAGUUAGCACAACUUUUAAUUGAUUGGGACGAUUCGAAAACCCCAGAGACCCAGAAAAGCAAUAACUUAAAUCACAGCCUAUUAACACCGUCUUCAUCUAUUGUAACAAAAAAUUCAUCCCAAAGUUUCGUCAAAAAGCUUGCUUCCAAAUGCUUGGGCCUCAAAGCAAAAUUUAACUCUGCUCCUAACAUAUCUAAUCAAGGGUUAGAGUCGAAUGUCGAUGGCAAGUUGAAACAUUUAGAUACUAAACAAAGUGCAAACGCAUUGCAUAUAGGUAACAGUAAGUUUUUUAAAAUACUGUCGAAAAAAGAGGAAUCUGGGGACAUACAGUGUAAUGACGAAUUUGAUACCAUUUCGUUAGACAGAUUAGGCACAUUAAACAGAGAUUCGACCGUCAAUAGAAGCAACAGAAGUUGUCCAGGGUUUAAAACUUCUUUACCAAAUAUUUCGGAAAAUAAUGAGCUCACCGAAGAAGCCGUUGCUGAAAGUUUAGCAAAUAAAGAGUCCACUUGUGAAGGUAAGAAUACAGCGAAGCCAAUGUCAGAAGCUAUAAAUUAUGAAAUAAAGAAUAGCAUAUUUGAACCAAGAAAGAGUGAUAAUAGGAUUUCUAUAACUUCCAAUGCUUCUUUAGAUUCAGCUAAUUUAGUGAAUGAAUGCUAUGAAUCCUACGAGUUUACAUCGGCGAAUUCUCCGGAUUUAAAGUCUAAGGUAAAAAACACAGUAUUAAAUCCAAAGCCAACGCCGCGGUCUAAUUUAGGAAGCACAUUUAAAAGUGAAAAUACAAUAUAUGAAAAUAUACUGCCAGAUAAAAAUAGCCUUACUCGACCAACGCCUGCUGCAAGAACUCACAUACCAACAAAAGUAGUUGUCAAAGACGAUGAGUCAAAAAUUUACGAAAAUAUUUUAUUAAUCCAACCUAAAUCAAAACCUCCUGAGCCACCAAAAAGAAAUGUAAUGGCUAAUGUAGUCUCACAUAAUUCAUCACCUAGCGUCAGUAGGUCAUCAUCAAUGUCUUCGGAUUCUAUGAUUGACGAAUCCAACUUGGAAGAUAUUCUACUUUCUGAAAAAUCAAAAUCUUUUCGCCAUGGUCAAAAAUUGCGUAGAAAAGAAUCGAGUAAAUUUAGCAUUCAUCGAAGUAAUUCCAACGCUUCCGAGUUCUCUGAUGCAACGGAAGCUAGUGCCAUAGAAAAUGUAGAUUGUAGUGCAGAUCUUGAUGGGAAAUCUGUGUAUGCAACGAUGGUAGGGACAUUGCCAAAUAAAAAAUCUGAAAAAGUAAAGAAAAAAGUCCUUUUUAGACACAAAACAUUUACGAAUAUAGAAGUUGAUAGAAAUUCUUUUAAAAAUUUCCCUAAAAGAAAUGAUUCAUUCUUAAAACAUACAUUGGCGAGUUACCACAUUCGAGGUACUGGUCACUGUAUAUACAAGGCCCCUACUGUAAAAGAGUUCAUAUAUAUAUUUAAUAGGGAUACACUUUACAGUGACGUAGAACCUUUUACUAAAGUACCUAAUGAUAAAAGAGAUAGCUACUAUGAAACGGCUAUAUGUUUCUGUCGACCGAGGCCUCCUAAACUUCACAGUAGUGCCGAGGAUCUGUUAGAUAUUCAGAACAAGGAAGAAGUUGAAGAAAAAGUAUCAAUAGACAUGGAUGCCUUUGUUAAUAAAAUAGAGUUAGUAUCUUCGUCAUUUCGCUGUUUUUGUGACUCUGGUUCCUGUUCAUUACACGCUAAUAAACGAGAAUUCCCAUCGGAGUUAGUGGUUAAAUUCUCAGCGAUUAAGAAAAGUAUAUCUACCCCCGACAUAACAUUAGAGAUUUCUCCUUCUUCGACAGUAUUAAAAAGUGGUUUAUCAAAAAACAUGUCGGUGCCAGCAAAUUUAGAAGAACCUUAUGCCGUAUCUAAUAUAAGUGAAAUUGAGAAAAGAUUUGAGACUAAUUCUAAAACAGAUAUCAAACUCAGUAGUUUAGAUAGUCCCACUUAUGUUGCAAUGUCACCACAUUCGUCUCUAUCAUCGAAUGGGCGUCCUUACUCAAUUAAAGAUAUAUCUGAAGUAAUUUCUUUAGGUUCUAAUUCAACAUCGACCGGCGCUAACACAUCUUGUGCUUCUGAUACUUCGCUAUUACACAAAUCCAACUCGGAACACUCCGGACAUUGGUCAUUACAAUCGUGUAACUCCAACAUAACAGUGGUAUCCGAUGUGUCGUUUAAAACAUGUUUAGAAGAAUCAUCAGACGAAUCUGAUACAAUACAUUCCGACGACGACAUUUCCGACGCGGAGACAAUAAAGUCUGACGUCAGUACGACCAAACGGCCGUGGGUGCACAGCAGUUCGUUUAGAUUCGGGAACAGUUCGCGUAAAGACGAAGACGCUAGUAUAACUGAAGAGGAUUUCGGUUCUGCUAAAUUCGAAUCGUCGUCUUCUAAAUUUGAGAGUGGGAUAAGCGUAGAUUCGGAUAGUUCGUCGUCGGAAUGCGCUGGAGAUAGUGGUGUUCCGGGGGAGAGUUGUGAUGUGUCGCUUGAUGCUUCGCUUGAGCGUGGUUCCGGGGUGGUCGGGGGUGUUCGCAGCGGGUCGGGGCGGCGGCGGUGGGACGAACUGGAGGGCGCGAGUGAGGGCGACGCGCUCAGCAUAUCCAGCGCUGCGUCUAGCUGUGCGCCGCUGCACUUGGCGCAUCAUCACGAAUACAGUAAAGUGUCGCCCACCCCUCCUAAGAAGCCUCCCAGGAGGAAUCUGUCAGUGUCCCCCACCCACGUCAAUUCUCCGUCAUCCGGCUACAGCUAUGAGCUGAGAACUCAUGCUAGGAGUCAGGAUGACCUGGACGAAAUACAGGAUGCCAAACACUACCUCAAACACGGCAGAUCCGUGGACCAAUACGUCGACAGCAAACUGUCUUACUCUGAGUACGAAGAGAAUCACAACUCGCCCAGAGUGAUCCCAGUGCCAAACCCUCGACCGAGCUUAAAGAAUCGUACACAACCAGUGGCCAUCACGGCUAUGUACGAAAAUGUCGUCAUAAAAGAACAGAAUCCACGUAGAAAAUUAAGGAGGAAUACAUUCGGUCCGCAACACGAGAACUUCGAAUCAAGAAUGGCGGACAAGAGAGUCAGAAAGUACUCGAACCAAGAAAGGUCUUCCAUGGAGAGUUUACUCGACGAUCAGUCGAUGAACAGUCCGAGCGAAUGUGAACGGUAUUCCUCAGGGUUGAGGGUUGACAUUCCAUUGUCGCCGACGCAUUACGAACAGCCGCCUACGCCGGACCACCCGCCUCCGUCAGCUAAACAAGCGGAGAGAAGCAUACACGAAAGGAUCAGGCCGUUGAGUCAGGAGUACAAGCGGAGGUCCAUGCUGCGCGACAGUCAAACAGAGACUGAGGUGUGUUUGCUGCGCGCGCCGUCCGCGGUGUCCGUCGCCAGUGGCGCCACCGACCGCAGCGGCAACACCGACAACUGCGUGGAGGAGUAUGUGUGCGAUGUUCCUUUUGCGGGCCUCUUCAAAGGCUCCACCACAACACUCGACGGUAUCGGUCUCCGGCCAAUGCCAGCCGAGAGGCCGAAGACGUUACGAAAACUUAAAUCAGUCUACGACGCGUCUCCAACAGAGCCGGCGAAAGUGAACAGUAGUAACCUAAGCAGCAAUGGAACGAAUACGGAGAGAACGAACGGUGUCGAGGAUGAAGUUAGGAGAAGAAGUAAUACGACCAGCUCGACGCAAAGUGGAGACAAGUCGCUGUCAAUACUCAGUCCUUUUGAUGAACAGGAGGAGUGGGCCAAAAUCUCCGAGAUAAUGGCUUCAUUUGGCAGCAAACUAGUCCGAGAAUCAGUGUUUGUGUCGGAGUUGGAACAGGAGUUCACCUCGAGGCUUGGCCUUAGCUGUUCUGAAUCCAGCUUAAGUCCUUCGGUAGCUUCAAGUUUAGGACUCUGGCUAUCGGGACUUGGGAUGCACGAUUAUGAAACUCUGUUCGUGGAAAGCGGUUAUGACGACAUCGAUUUUAUUAAUGGCAUCCUAAACGAGACUGAUCUACGAGAAAUGGGUAUAGAAGAGAACGAUAGACAAAAGAUACUAGAGUCGGCGAAACAUUUACCUCUUAAAAUAGCAGAAAUAAGCAAUAACCAUAACAAUAAUAAUAUAAGUAAAAACCAAAACGAGUCAGUAGAUGAUUGGUUAAGAACAAUAAACUUAGAACAAUAUAGUGAUACGUUUAGAAAACAUUUAUAUGUAGAUAUGGAUAGAGUAAGAAGAAUAUGGGAAGUGGAGUUGACUGCAGUUUUAGAAAUUAAUAAAUCUGGUCAUAGAAAAAGGAUAUUGUGUUCAGUUUCCGGUGAACAGAAUGGUCCAUCGAAUAACAUUGAAGACAUUAAUGCUGAUCUCAAUAAUCUGAAAAACAACAUACAGCAAUUAAAAGAAGAAAUCAAAGAAAAGUUACCACCAUCGGAAAAUCUGAAACCCGUUCCACCACCAGUUGUUCCUUCAUUGGCACCUCCUGGAGGGGAAACCCUUAAACGUAGUAAGAAGAACAGGCCUGCACCUCAACCCCCUCGACCUUCGGAUCUGGAGAUCAGGGCUCCGUCGGAACUGCUGGUGGGAGUCCCUGGGGCUUUGAAGACGCAGUGGAAACAUCAGCCCUUUGUUCUGGUUACCGGUGCUGUUACCUAUGUAGCUAAUUAUCUAGGAUCAACGGUUGUGAAAGAGCUCCGGGGUACAGAGUCGACGAAGAAGUCGAUCCAGAAGCUGAAGAAGUCUGCCAAAGAGCCGCGCGACUCGCCUGACAUCAUUCUCUCUAUCAGUUACCGAGGUGUCAAGUUCCUAAACACGAUUACUAGGGAGUUAGUGUGUGAACACGAAAUUCGGAACAUCCACUGCGCAUGUCAAGAUGCGGAUGACCUCACACACUUUGCGUACAUCACAAAGGAUCACACAACGAGAAGCCAUUACUGCCAUGUCUUCAGAGUUGCUACUAUGGACCAAGCGACGGAAGUUAUUCUAACACUGGGUGAAGCUUUCGAAGUUGCUUACCAAAUGGCGUUACGAGAGCAAGCCAAUAGGGUCCGUGUACCCUUAACUGUAGCAAAGACACCAACACACGAUCCCACCACCACAAGCAACAAAGAGAAGCCGAACGUCCACGGUAGAUCACAUUCCAUAACGGAGAUCAAGUUAAAUGGUCACCAGUUGAAAAUCACCCCUAUCCCUGCUUCGUUGUCUAAUGAAGAUUUCCAGUCUUCCAAGAACUCCGACGGAUCCAAAAGUCCCAGGACACCUCUGCUCAAAGCCCCGAUCGCUUCUACAGAAGAAUUGUGAAAGCAAAGGUAACGUUCGCUAGAUUCUUUUGGACUGUUAUUGUAAAACAUUUUAUAUGAAAAUGGAUAUUAAAGAAUUGUUCCGUAUUAUAUUAAUAACUGCAAGAUAAAAGAAAUAGUAGAAACUAGAACGAUUCUCGAAAUUUUUUCACUUUGUAGAAACAUAUUGAUAUUAUUAACAAAUAAAUUGUUAGAUGUUAAACCAAUAUUGCAGCUAAAAAAUUGUGCUUCAUGGUGUGUAACGAAAUGUUUCAACAACUCUUAUACGUGUACCAAAAAAUAUAAAAAAAAAUAUUAUAUAACAACGCUUUAGAAUGUUUUUAAUUGGAAAUGUUGACUAAUAUUUGAAGAUUAUCACAAUAUUUUCUAGAAAUCGUAAAUAUCUUAUCUAAACGCAAUAAACAGUUAGUGUGUUCAAUAUGAGUAAAUAAUAAUAAAAGAUCAUUUCUGAAGAGUUAAUCAAAUUAUGAAAAAAUUGAAAUAAGAAAAAUUAAAAGCUUUCUGUUAUGUAUUAAAUUCAAUAUGUGUAGCUGUUGUUGUAAUUAAUACUAAUAAUAAAUGUCAAGGCCUAAUGAAAUUGACUAAAGAAUAUUGGUCUUCCCAAACUAAAUCACUGUUUACAUACGUGAUUACGUUUUAUUAUACGUUUUGUCCAUGCUUAUGUGCUUAUUGAAAGGUAAUCUCGAAUUAAAAAUAAUAUUAGGUGAGGCAAUAAAUAUUUAAAAUAAAUAAAAUUUCAAUGUUGUAAUGUUUCUAUUAAAAAAUUAUAGACGCCUAGUUUUACACAAAAUUUUAACUUUAGUAAAUGGACAGUGGUAUAUGAGUAUUUGCGAUAAAAAUGUUUUAAAAAUAUUUUCAAUUUUGACACUGCUUUUAUGAACCGUAACCUUAUUUAUGAUGUUUUUUGAAUGUUGUACUAUAGUUAGGUAAAUGGGGAUUUUACUAUUGAAUAGUGAAAUUCUAGCGGCUGUUAUAUUUAUAGUAGUUUUAUUGUAUAUUUUUGUUUUAUAACAAUUUACGCUUUAAUAUUUUUCUAGACAAGGAAUUGGUUCAUUUAGUGCAGCUAUAUUUUAUAAACUUUUAUUCUCAACACCUAUUGAAUAUUUGGUUAAUGUUUUUAAUGUCGUGUAAAAUCUCGACAUUGUACGUGAGAGAGAUCUACGAGUAAUUUUUGAUUCCAUAUCUUAUCACUGAAAAAAUCAUGGGCAUGCACUAGUAUUUUAAUGGUGGUAUUAUUAGAAAAUAUUAUAACUAUAUUUAUAUUAAGGUGUUAUUAUAUAAACUCAGUUACUUUUGGCUUUGUUGUAAAUUUUUGGUUAUGAAUAGGCCUAAUAUUAUAGGUAUAAGAAAUCGUAUUAUACGUUACCAAUAUCAAAUCAAUGUAGUGUUGUUGUAUAUAGGUAUACUAAAGUGUGCAUAUUGUAAUACACAGUGAGUAAAUAAUUGUGACCACAUCUUAUGACCAUAAAUUGUUUGUUUAACGUAUAGUACAUAAAACAUAUCAUACCAUUGUUAUAUGAAUAUUCAGUAAUAAUAAAGACCACGAUAAGAAGGCUCCGUUUUAUCUGGGGAUUCUAUAUAACGAGAUAUAAAAAAUAGAAUUAACACUAUUUGCUAAUAUUUUAUGUUGUUUCAAAAUCUCUAUUUCAUAGUACGGUACGGAAAGUAACUUUUAAAGGCUUUUUAAUUAUAAUUAUUCAAGAAAAAAAACAACUCUUACUGGAAAACCUAGUUAAUGAAUCGGUAAGUUAUAUUAACCGUACCUGCAAUUGUUUAAGAAGUGCUUUUCAUAAAAUGAUUUUUUAUCUUUUGUACUUCUAUAAGAUGUACUGAUGUUAAUUUUAUACCUAUAUUAGAAAGUUGAAAUUCGUUGCGUACAAUAAAUGUCUAAUCGAUGACAAAAAAACAUGUUUUGUGCUAAAAAUCAGUAAGUAUCUGAUUUAUUGAAAAUUGUGUUUAUAAAUAAGAAAUAAUGUAACAGGUUUUCAUUAAUACCUAAUGAAAAUAAGAAGUUCUAGAUGAAUAUAAUUUAUGUAAUUUCUAUACGGCACAUCAGCCAAAGUAAGUAGUUUUUUGAUUGAUGAUGAUGAUACGCAUGAACUAAAUUGUAAUUAAUUUAGUUCUUGUGUACAAUUUCUAUUAUAAAUAAAACAUAAACAGUUUUAUAGUAUUCCUCUGGUAGACAAGAACAAUGGAAUUAUAAUAAAAAAAAAAAAUUGGAUAAAAUGGGAUGGUGAUAAAAUAAGAAAAGAUAUGUUUUUUUUAAUUAUUUUUAGAAUUGUUUCAUUGUUCUUAAAGAUGUUUGUCGAAGUUUAAUUGUGAUCGAACAAACCGUCGCUUCACCCUUUUGUGUAAGAUUCAAUUGUCAAUUUUUAAAUGCGUCAAACUUGAACUCCAGUUGCUCAAAAAAUUUCAUUGUUUUCGAAAUUGUAGUUUCAGUUGUUUAAAUUGUUAUCUAGAAAUGUAAUAUUGCUUUGUAUAUUUAUAAUUCUGUGAAUAAAGUCUGAUUUUAGUUGGAAUUUAUGUAAUACAUGUGAUAAGUAAAACAAUAUUCGAAUGAA